UAGGUGUGGCUGCUUCAGUACCCACAUGGCUCUCUGGCUGCCUGGUCGGGCUUGCUAGCCCCCAACCUUUCUCCUUGACUAUUUAACAGCAACAGUGACGCCCAGGCAAAAACUGGAUCUACUGCCAACAGCUGUCACCAUGGCAUCACGCAAGCACAUCAAGGGGAUACUGAAGAACAAGUCCUCAACUUCCUCUAGUGCGGCCUCAGCCAAACAACCCUGUGGCAAGACAGACAUGAGCCCCAGUGAAAAAUAUCUCAAGUGCGAUGAAAUGAACAUGCUUAUGACCUCUCCUGCAGUCCACAAAGAUGAUGACUCUAUGGAAAUCGAUGAACCAAGCACUCCUUAUCAUCAAGAGAUGGGCAGUGAUGAUGAUGAGGCCCUAACUGAAGCCCUAACUCCUGAGAACCAUGCCAACAAGUUAGCGGCUAUGGGAAGAUCAGAGUCAAUGUAUCAGGUUCGGGUACUGGAAAGCAAGGGAAGGGUCAUGGCCCUCACCUCAGAACAACGAGAAAAAAAACGUCAAUUUGAGAUGAAAAGAAAGUUUCACGACAAUGAAGAGCUGAAUACUAAAAUAGCAACAAAAUUAAUUUCCAGAUACCAACAGGAUGAGGUACAGGAUGAAGAAAUGCCAGAGACUGCAGAGGCAGAAAGCAUGGAACUAGAAUAAUCAAAUCAA